GACCUUUUGGAGGAUCUUACGAAAGACAUGACAUGGGGCUGAUUAGGUUCUCAGAAUUGAUGGGUCACGUGACCAUUCUUUUUUUGAUUUUGCAGAGAAUCGAUCACCAUAGCCCACGAAGUGCUAAAAUCAUCAAGUCCAUGGGCCCGUUGGAGAAACGCUCACCCCACCUGCACCCAUAACGCGUUGGACCCCUCGAAUAAGCGACGUGUAUUUCGACUCUCUUUGUUUCACUUUUCAGCACACCACCAACUUGCCUGGCCAUAAGUAAAACGUGCCUUUUCCUAUGCGAGAACGCCGUGGAUGUCGAUUCGAAAUCUACUUUUUAGCACAUGACCAAUCCAAUGAAGCUAUGUCCGGUGGCGGUUCAAUCAACGCCCAUAAAACACUAGAAGCUCUCUCGAACACCGAUCUGUUAUACGGUGUAUACCAUGAUAUAUCUGCGUCAGAGUACAGCUAGUCGGCGGUGAAUGUUAGUUCGGGCAAGCAAAGGCUCCUCGCAAAUGAUAUAAACUGAGUGGAACCUGGACUUAUUGUUCUUUACUCUGAAUCCCCAUAAGUGUCAAGUCCUCAGACGCCUAUGCUCACAAUGCCAGAUAUCAAUAGCGAAAUGUCAGCCAUUCCCCAGCUGGUGUCCAGUCUUAGCAACUCGUUCGGUGCCUUUUACGUCAGCCUUUUGCUUGCUGCUAUCCUUUAUGGCUUCACAAGUUUACAACUCGUGAUAUAUAUCCAGUCGCAGUGGAAAUAUGAUCGAGUUGUUUACAGGAUAAUGACCGACCUUAAGGUUGUAUUGCUUUGGUUGCUCGAUACAAUCCAUGUUACUUUUAUCUCGCACAUGUUAUAUUACUACCUGAUAUCAAAUUUCGCAAAUCCCCCUGCACUCUCGGUAAUAGUUUGGAGUUUCAAGGGGGAAAAUAUAAUGACCAUGAUAAUCAUAUUAUCUGUCCACUGCCUCUAUGUUCAUCGCCUUUGGAUUUUGGGAAAGGGACGGAACCGUAUACUUUCUUUGGUGCAAGUUGUCACCAUAACUCUUCUGUUAGGAUUAAGCAUGCGUGAGCACAUCUCAAGAAAUCUCUAUGACAAAUUCCAGACUAAUAUCGAAGGGUUGAAGUUCAAUUGCACGCGAUAUUUGGAGAUGUUGACAUGGGAGCCUAUAACUGUGCUUUCUGUGCUCGCCUUUAACGACUUCCUCGUUGCGUCAUCUAUGUGUUACCUCCUGGCUUUAUCACGAACUGGAUUUUCAAAAACGGACACCACAAUAAAAAGAAUAGCCCUUUAUGUGUGUGGUUCUGGGUGCUUGACAAGCAUCUGCUCCUUGACUGCGAUUAUCACAUGUGCAGUAAUGCCAGAUAACAGUAUCAACCUGGCAAUUGAUUUUUUACUCUCCAAGCUCUACGUGAACUCAUUCAUGGCACUUCUCAAUUCGCGGAGCCAGGCAGAAUGUUUUGGAGAUGCCACUUUGUCAACAUUUGGAGCCGCUCCGCAUCCAGUCAAAGGUCAAGAUAAAGAACAUCAAACCUAUCUUGGAGUACAAUUUGAAGGAAGACAACCCCGACAAACACUUUGCACCAAUGCACCGUGUUGCAAAGAAGAUGCUGGAAGCCCUCUAAACCUGGAUUCACCUAACUCUACUUACCAAGGCUCUUUCCAGAAUUACCUUCCAAUCUCUGCAUUGACAUUAUGAUUUCUUACUUCUCGACUCCAAUAUGAAGAUAUAUUUAUUAUUUAUCUGUCC